CGGCGGGGGAGAGCGGCCGGCGGCCUUGGAGGACCCGGGAGGAGAAGGCGGCCAUGGAGAGCCUGGCUGGCUACGUCUACAAGGCGGCCAGCGAGGGGCGGGUGCUGACCUUGGCCGCCCUCCUCCUCAACCGCUCCGAGAGCGACAUCCGCUACCUGCUCAGCUACGUCACCCACCAGGGUGGGCAGCGGUCCACGCCCCUCAUCAUCGCCGCCCGCAACGGGCACGCCAAAGUCGUGCGCCUGCUCCUGGAGCACUACCGCGUGCAGACCCAGCAGACCGGCACGGUCCGCUUUGACGGUUACGUCAUCGAUGGCGCCACAGCGCUGUGGUGUGCGGCUGGGGCUGGCCACUUUGAAGUUGUCAAGCUCCUGGUGAGCCACGGAGCGAACGUCAACCACACGACCGUGACCAACUCGACCCCGCUGCGGGCUGCGUGCUUUGACGGGAGGCUCGACAUUGUGAAGUACUUGGUGGAGAACAAUGCCAGCAUCAGCAUUGCCAACAAGUACGACAACACUUGCCUUAUGAUCGCGGCCUACAAGGGUCAUGUGGACGUGGUGCGCUACCUUCUGGAGCAGCAUGCUGACCCCAAUGCCAAAGCACACUGCGGCGCAACAGCUUUGCACUUUGCGGCGGAGGCUGGCCACCUGGAGAUCGUCCGCGAGCUGGUGAAGUGGAAGUCCGCCAUGAUGGUGAACGGCCAUGGCAUGACUCCUUUGAAAGUGGCCGCCGAGAGCUGUAAAGCUGACGUCGUGGAGCUGCUGCUGGCGCAUGCCGACUGCAACCGCAAGAGCCGGAUUGAAGCGCUGGAGCUUUUGGGUGCCUCGUUUGCCAACGACCGGGAAAAUUAUGACAUAAUGAAGACCUAUCACUAUUUAUAUUUAGCCAUGCUUGAGCGGUACAGAGACAGCGAGAACAUCAUAGGGAAGGAGAUUCUGCCUCAGAUAGAAGCCUACGGCAACAGAAAGGAAUGCCGGACUCCUCAGGAACUGGAAGCCAUUCGUCAGGACCGAGAUGCCCUACACAUGGAGGGCCUCAUUGUACGAGAGCGGAUUUUGGGUUCGGACAAUAUUGACGUCUCGCACCCCAUUAUUUAUCGUGGAGCUGUUUAUGCAGAUAACAUGCAAUUUGAACAGUGUAUCAAACUCUGGCUUCACGCCUUGCAUUUACGUCAGAAAGGCAAUAGGAAUACCCAUAAGGAUCUCCUCCGUUUUGCUCAAGUCUUCUCUCAGAUGAUACACUUGAACGAGCCGGUGAAAGCCAAGGACAUUGAGAGCGUCUUGAGGUGCAGUGUCUUGGAGAUCGAGCAAGGGAUGGCCAGGGUCAAAAGCUCUCAGGAUGCCGAGCUCCACACAGCCAUGGACAACUACGAAUGCAAUAUCUUCACCUUCUUGUAUUUGGUGUGCAUUUCCACCAAGACGCAGUGCAGGGAUGAAGAGCAGUCACGGAUUAACAAGCAGAUUUAUAACUUAAUCCAUCUGGACCCAAGGACGCGGGACGGGUCCAGCUUGCUGCACCAUGCCGUCAACUCCAGCACGCCGGUGGACGACUUCCACACCAAUGAUGUCUGCAGCUUCCCCAACGCGCUCGUCACCAAGCUCCUCUUGGACUGUGGUGCUGACGUCAAUGCUGUGGACCACGAGGGGAACACCCCGCUGCACCUCAUUGUCCAGUAUAACAGGCCCAUCAGCGAUUUUUUGACGCUGCACUCGAUCAUCAUUAGUCUGGUGGAGGCUGGCGCUCACACGGACAUGACGAACAAGCAGAAGAAGACGCCUCUGGACAAAAGUACCACCGGGGUGUCGGAGAUACUCCUCAAAACUCAGAUGAAGCUGAGUCUGAAGUGCCUGGCCGCUCGAGCAGUGCGGGGGUAUCACAUCAACUAUCACAACCAGAUCCCCAAAACACUGGAAGAAUUUGUAGAAUUCCACUAGGC